AUGAUAAAGAUUAUCAUUCCCUCUAAACCACCAGCUGAACUCACCAUCGUUUCACGUGAGGAUGGAGCCCAUACCUUCGCGACUCGGCAACUUAUUGCACCCGGCGACUAUGAUAUCUUUCCCGCCGAGGGUUCAACAAUCAAGCUGAUCGACAAGGUGCGGGAGCGACGAAUUCCAUCAGGAAAUAACACCGGAGCUACGCCCCGUCUAAAAGCGUUUUACAAAGCUGUUAGAAAAAGAGAUCAGAUUGGCGCUCAUAGCGCCUAUAUCAACUCAAUGCAAAAUGGAUCAUGUAUGCGUAGCGAUCUCCACGCAGCCUUUAACGAUAAUGAUAUCUCUAUUAACCCCGACGAUGGUUACAAGAUUUACGAGUUCACGAAUAACGAAGAUGGAAUUGAUGGCCGUGUUCUCCCUCUUUUCUGCCGAACCCGAGUAGAUCCAAACGCUGUAUCAAAUGACCUUCUCCGUUGGCACUGGCAACAGACUCUCCUAAAGAACUUGAAGGGAGCUACGGAGCCCAUCUGGGAAUUUGACUUCCAGAUAGCAGAGAGGAUGGAGGCCGAGCUUCUUGCCCACUUUCACGAGUAUGUCAGCGACGACCCAGAGGCAGAAGGGCGGAGAGAGGCCGAGCAUUUUGCCCGUCACCACGAGUAUGUCGACGACGAGAGUGAUUUCUGA